ACCUCCACCGUUACGUCGUCACCCGUGUCAUCAUUGUUUGGCCUUGCAGUUUUCUACUGAAUGGAAACAGUAACUGGUUUUUAGUCAAAUCUCGUGCCACUCUCUCUCUCUGUAGUAGCUCUCUCUCUCUCUCCCUCUCAUCGCUACUUUACUCAUCAGUUCAUUGUAGCGUGAUCGAUUAGGAAAGCACUGUUUCCUUGCCCUGGGUUUUCCCUACAAUAAUGUACAUAGGCCCUAUCUGAGUACCUGCACCGGUCCGUAGCACCCGUGAGCUGAUUCACCGCCGCCGAUAUUUUCCAGCGUCCGUUAGCACAGUACAGUGAUUCUAGCCAUAGUUUGUAGUUUGCCCAGCGCGGUCCUCUCAGAACACUACAAUUUCAACGGCUUGGCAAGCCGACUGAGAUAGUGAGAAACCGCUGUAGUAGUCGCUGCUGCUGUUGUGACUGCCAGCGCAGCGCAGGCUGUUCCCUUGCACAGCACAUCACCAGUAACAGGGACCUAGGCCAGGGAGGCAUCAGAGUUCAGAGUCACAUUUGCAGCAGCAGCAGCAGCAGCAGCAGCGUUCUCGAUAUGGCCCGGUGGCUGUGCUACAUUGCAUUGGCUCUCGUUCUUACCUGUGGUGUCGUGCGGUCACAGACUUCAUCGUGCUCAUCGUGUACGGGCGUUGCGUCAUCAUGCUGUGGAAGCUUUGGCUGCUGCUCAGCUAGAGCCAAGGCCUUCUAUAAUGCGCUGAUUGGAGACAUAUCGGGCCAAUGCAGGACGGACACGUUGACCAUCUACUCGCAGUGCAUCAAAGUAACACUUGACUGCUUAACUGCUGGAACCGCUUUCAAUAAGCCACCCUGCAGCUCUAUUCUGCCGGUGUGUGCAACAGUGCGGUGUUCAGCGGGCAGCAACAGCGUUGCGUGUGCAGCCGAGGUGCGCGCCAUCCUGACCCAGAACGCCACCACUGUGCCGGCAUGCGUGGCCAACAGCUGCGUGCAGAGCAAGCAGGUCCCAGGGUUUACCAAGAGUUUCUACAGCGUGGUGUGCUAUGCCAUAGAGACGGUUGCACCCUUUCCAUUGGGCUGUCUGGCCGAUGUGACUUUGACCUGCCCAACUGUGUCCGUGACCUGUAUGUCAAAGACUUCGUGCACGACUUCAUACCACGGAUCGCAAUCAUCACAUGGGCAAGUAGUCCCCACUCCAUCAGCUUCCGCUAUGUGUUCGGUCAGAGGAAAAACUGUUGAUUGUCGUAAAGUAGGUCGUCUGAAUGGCACAACAGCCUGCUGCAAUAUUUCUGGCACCAGUUUAGGCUGUUGCACACCAGACACUGACAGCUUCCUGAUGGACCUAGUGAGAGAUGUGUCCCCACAGUGUGGCCGAGACUUGAUCAAGGACCAGAAGGCGUGCUUCACAAACGUUGCCAUCUGCCUCAGCAAGGUGCAGAAGACCAUCAGCAGUGGCUCGCCUCUGAAUAUUCUGGGUGCUCUGACCGCUUUGAAAGGGUGCGAUGUCCUGGACAAAUGUUCGCAAGCAGCCUCAAGUACAGCCACGUGCACCCGGGGAGAGGAAUUGUGUAACACCGUCAUCACUGAGACCUCCCAGUACCGUCCAUUCGCCUCCGUCCUACCCAAGAGGAAUAAUAAGCUAUGCCUGCCCACCUCAUGCACGGCGGAUGUCACAUCAGUGAGCAAGCUGCUGUACGCAGCGCUUUGCUUCCCGUUCUGUCAGCUGACUGGCGGGGGAGCUAGCCUGGGCCUGGGCGGAACCUGUUUCAUCUCAUCAGUGAACGUGUCUUGUCCAGUGUCUGGUUCAUCGGCACUGUACACUGACCAGAAAGCCGACUGCCAGACGUAUACGUUCAACGUGGGUACAAUGCCGCCCAUGUCUUCUCCGUUCGGCGGAGGUGCAGGGACGCACAGCGGAGGUGCAGGGACGCACAGCGGAGGUGCAGGGACGCACAGCGGAGGUGCAGGGACGCACAGCGGUGGCCAUGCCGUGUCACCGACAAGUGGCGACUCGCGGUCUCCUUCCUCUCACGGCGUGAGCAGCGCUCUUGUGGCGAUUGUCUGCGUGUGCAGCAUUCUCAUUGUUGUUCUAGUCACCAUCGGCGUGGUGUAUUUUGUGCGACGCAGACGCAGCACUGGAAGAGCACCGGUCACCUACUCUGGCCUGGACGAUGAGGAUGAUGAUAUCAUCACCUAG